UGGGGGUGCAUGUCAGUGAGUGCGUGGCUCUGCGUCUGGGGGUGUGUGUCAGUGAGUGUGUGGGUCUGUGUCUGAGGGUGUGUCAGUGAGAAUGUGGGUCUGUGUCUGGGGGUGUAUGUCAGUGAGCGCGUGUCUGUGUCUGGGGGUGUGUGUAAGUGAGUGUGUGGGUCUGUGUCUGGGGGUGUCAGUAAGUGCGUGGGUCUGCAUUUAGGGGAGUGUGUGUGGGCCUGUGUCUGAGGGUGUGUGUCACUGAGUGUGUGGGUCUGUGUCUGGGGGUGUCAGUGCGAAUGUGGGUCUGCAUUUAGGGGAGUGUGUGUGGGCCGGUGUGUGUCACUGAGUGUGUGGGUCUGUGUCUGGGGGUGUGUGUCAGUGAGUGCGUGGGUCUGCAUUUAGGGGGGUGUGUGUGGGUCUGUGUCUGGGUGUUUGGUGCGGGUCUUAGCCGUGGCCCCACCCCGGGCUGCGCUGUGAAAAUGGCUGAGGCGGAGGGUGAGGACACGGCGGCGGCGAGGACGCGGUUCAGGCCGGGAGAGAGCGGUGCUCGGGCGGUGGGCCCGGGGCCUCGGGCCCAGUUCCCGGCCCCGCCGCUGUAUAACUGGCAGGCAGCACAGCGCUCGGUGCGGGAGCGCUUUUCCUUCAUGUUCAACAACGAGCUGCUGAGCGACGUCCAUUUCGCGGUCGGCAAAGGUCCCGGCGCCCGCCGCUUUCCCGCUCACCGCUUCGUCCUCGCCGUCGGCAGCGCCGUCUUCGACGCCAUGUUUAACGGCGGCAUGGCCACCAGCUCGGCGGAGAUCGAGCUGCCUGACGUCGAACCCGCCGCCUUCCUGGCGCUGCUCAGGUUUCUGUAUUCUGAUGAAGUACAAAUUGGUCCUGAGACUGUGAUGACGACUCUAUACACAGCAAAGAAAUAUGCAGUACCAGCCUUGGAAGCCCAUUGUGUGGAGUUUCUCACCAAACACCUGCGAGCUGACAAUGCUUUCAUGUUACUAACUCAGGCACGCUUGUUUGAUGAGCCUCAGCUGGCCAGCCUAUGCUUGGACACAAUUGACAAAAACACUGUGGAUGCAAUCAGUGCCGAGGGCUUCACUGAUAUCGAUCUCGAUACAUUGUGUGCGGUGUUGGAACGAGAUACCCUGAGUAUUCAGGAGAUUCGGCUCUUUAGUGGAGUGGUGCGCUGGGCCGAAGCAGAAUGCCAGAGGCAGCAACUGCCAGUUACUCCCGGGAGCAAGCAGAAAGUGUUGGGAAAAGCCAUAACACUGAUCCGGUUCCCACUGAUGAGUAUCGAGGAAUUUGCAGCUGGACCUGCUCAAUCUGGGAUCCUUUCCGAUCGUGAGAUUGUUAAUCUAUUCUUACAUUUCACCUUGAAUCCUAAGCCACGUGUGGAGUAUAUUGACCGGCCACGCUGCUGUCUGCGGGGCAAGGAGUGCAGCAUCAGCCGCUUCUCGCAAGUGGAGAGUCGUUGGGGAUACAAUGGCACCAGUGACAGGAUCAGAUUUUCAGUGACCCGGAGGGUGUCUGUUGUGGGUUUCGGGCUCUAUGGAUCUAUACAUGGUCCAACAGAUUACCAGGUUAAUAUCCAGAUCAUUGAAAAUGACAAGAACAUAAUGCUUGGACAAAAUGACACAGGAUUUUGCUGUGAUGGGUCAGCAAAUACAUUUAGAGUCAUGUUCAAGGAGCCCAUUGAGAUUCUGCCAAAUGUUAGCUACACAGCCUGUGCAACUCUCAAGGGGCCUGAUUCUCAUUAUGGCACUAAGGGAUUGCGGAAGGUCAUUCACGAAUCCCCCACGACUGGGAUCAGCACUUGCUUUGUCUUCUUCAAUGUACCGGGAAAUAAUAAUGGAACAUCUGUGGAAGAUGGGCAGAUUCCAGAAAUCAUCUUCUACACGUAGCCUGGUACCUGGCUACUGUAGCAGAGUUCAUCUCAAACUGCCGAGGAAACAGCUGUGUUUAAGCCCGUGCUUGGCGCUUUCUCUUUCACUGCUAGUUUUCCUCUCUUAGGACAUGGAGCCUGCCACAGGCAAAGAGCAAUGGGAUUAAAGCCAUUGAUAAUUGACUGAAAGUUUGUGUUCUACGCAGAGAGAAGGGAAAACCUUUGUUUGGUCUAGCAGAGAAGGAUUGCAGUAGGCUGUGAAACACCAGCUUCCAGCGAUACAAAAUAACUGAUAUAACCAUUAUAAUUAACUAGUAAAGUCACCACCAAGACAUAGUUAAGAGAAUGCUUGAAUGGGUGCCACUUUGUGUUGGGUUACAAAACAUCUGGUUCGUUGUGAAAUAAACACUGUUGUGUUCAUUAAUAUAUGUAUUAGUAAUUAAAGCCAGUUUUGAACCAAUUAUUUUCACCGUACCGGCCACCAGAAGCUGAUCACUUACCAACUUGAAACCACCUUUUGUAGUGCUAUAGAAUGGCCAAGGUGUCUUAUUGUUUGUGCUCACUUAGUGUGAACCACAUUAUACUUAACACUGAGCCCCAGACCAAACUGGAAAUCGUUGCCUGAAGAACCUACAGCUUCCACCAUCACCAACCCACUGCUAAAGAUCUUCCUGGGAGGAGGACUUGAAACAUAAAUUGUACAGGAUUAGAGUUGAAGCUUGAUAACUGGCACAGACAGGAUGGAUCAAAGGGCUUUUUUCCAUUGCUAUAAAAACGGAAUGACUGCAACAUAAGUGCCUCAUCCACCCUUUGCCACUUUUCAUCAGAGACUGCCUGUGAGUUGGAAGUUAUUGGCACCACGCUCUGAUGCUCGUUGUGACUGCACUGACAGUGUAGUAACGAAGAGCUGACCCAGGCUCAGCAGCUUGAUUGAAGCUUAAUUUUAACAGUUAACAGCUGGGAAAUUGAAGGGUCACCUAAGAGAAACUCAUGUUUUAAUCAUGUCAACUUUCAAAAACAGCUUCUGCAUGUGAGAGUGAUCUGUUCCAUGUAUAUCUUCCUAUUUAAUACAAUUUUCUGGCAAAAUGACUGUUUCUGACACUGCAAUUUUAUUCAAACAGUAUUUUUGGUAAUACAACUCUUAGGGUUUUAAACAUCGAAUGUUUAAAAUGUUAGGAAUUGAUGCAAUAGGUAGGGAAGGUUGAUGCUCAUUGAGAGAGUGAAGAACAAGGAUAUAUAAUCUUUAAAGUUAGGCCCAGGUCUUUUGGGUGAUGUCAGGAAGCAGAAUCUUUCACGGGGUUGUGGAAAUCUGGAUUUUUCUCACUCAAAAAUUCAUUGAAGCUGUGGAUCAUUGGGAGCUUUCAAAACAGAUAGAUCUUUCUUUUCAUUUUGAUUAAGGAUUGGGGGAUCCAGUACAAAGGCAAGUGUAGUCAUUGUAAUGAGGUCAGGCAGGUGAACAUCAUAAAGUAUGAGUUCCCUGACUGGACCAGAUUAACAGCCCCAAUUAGGAAACCCUGGCUGACAGAUAAGAACAGGAGUGUCAGACAUGCUGUUUAUUCUGAGGGAGCUAAAUCAGUUUUAAAGACUUUCCAUGUGUAAGUAAAGGGUGACUUUGUAACAGGA